UUUUUUUGGGUUCCUUUUCCUGUUACCAUUUCAAUCUUCAUGUAACCCUUUUAAGAUAAUUUUCUUCUUCCUGUUAAUUUAUCUGAAGUUUGCUUCUUAUCUUCGUGAUCGCUUUUUGCAAUCACAAUAAUGUCUAACCGUUCCUUCAAGAAUUUCAUAGAAGAAGAACUUGGAACAUUCCCACAGUUCUUAAUCUACGCUCUUCUUGAAUGGAUCCUCAUCAUUAUCCUCUUCAUCGAUGGCUUCCUCGCUUUCUUCUCUAACCAAAUCGCUAAAUUCUUUGACCUCAAAAUCCCCUGUCUUCUCUGCACUAGACUCGACCAUGUUCUUGUCAGCAGAAACCCUGAUUUCUAUUACAACGACUCGAUAUGCGAUGCUCACAAGAAGAAUGUCUCAUCUCUCGCUUACUGUCAUGUGCACAAGAAACUCUCUGAGAUCAAACGUAUGUGUGAAGGAUGUCUUCUCUCUUUCGCUACCGAGAAAGAAACAGAUGUUGAUACUUACAAGUCUCUUAUUGGAAUCUUGCAUAAGGAUCUUGAGCUUCUUAUCGACGAUGAACGUGAGCUUCAAUUGGCGUUUCCGGUUGCGGGUUCGAAGAAAGAUGAAAACUUCUAUCAGGUUGAGAACAGAACUAACAAUAGCAAUGACAGGUUUCAGAGGCAGCAACGUUGUUCUUGUUGUGGGCAGAUAAUGAAGCUGAAAUCCGAUAAACCUAAGAGCAAUAAUCAAUCUUUUUUCGGAGCUCCUAGUCCAUCUCCUAGAGUUUCAUUUAACCAAAGAACUUUGGAUUUGUCUAACAUUAAAUACACGGAUUUGCCUGAGGAUGAUGAUGCUUUGAACACGAAAGGCGCUUCGUUGGAUGCAGUUGAUGACAGAACUCCGAGUUUUGUAAAAGGAGGUAAUAAGUUCUUUGGCAUUCCGCUUUCUGACUCGGCUCAGAAUAGUCCGCGAUGGUCUGUUCGAUCAAUGAAGAAAUCUUUCGUUGAUCAGAAUGGUUUGGAGAGCGAAGUGUUGGAUGGAGAUUCGAUACUUCAGCAUCUAAAUAGACAGGUUAGAUUGGAUCGCAAGUCGUUGAUGGAUUUGUAUAUGGAGUUAGAUGAAGAGAGGAGUGCUUCAGCUGUUGCAGCAAACAAUGCAAUGGCUAUGAUCACAAGACUUCAAGCAGAGAAAGCUGCGGUUCAAAUGGAGGCAUUGCAGUAUCAGAGAAUGAUGGAUGAGCAAGCAGAAUAUGAUCAAGAAGCUUUGCAGUCUAUGAAUGGUUUGUUGGUUAAGAGAGAAGAGGAAAUGAAAGAGCUUGAAGCUGGAAUUGAAGUUUAUAGAUUGAGAUAUGGAUUGUUGAGAGAAGAAAGAGGAGAAGCAGAGGAGUUUCUUGAUGAAGAAACUAAACCGGUUUCAGAUUUGCCUGUUUGUUCUUCAAAUCAUGAAGAAGAUUUGGAACAAAUGAAAGAUUCAGCUGAGGAUUCUAUAGGCAAUAAUGGUGUGAUGAUUAUAGAGGAAGAAAAAGAGAAUGGAAGCAGAAAAGAUAUGUUAGUGAAGGAAAUUUCAGAGAUUACAGAGAGACUAAAUGCAAUUGAAUCAAAAGGUGAAUUGUUGCAGCAAAUUUCAGAUGUUUUAGAUGUUAGUGAAGGAGAAGCAAUUCUAUUACAGAUAUCUCAGAAUCUGCAUAUGCUUCGUAGUUUCAUUGAAAUGCCAACAGAAUCAUGAAUCUGUUUUACUUAAGAAAUCAAAACAACAUCCUUGUUCUAAUCUGUAUGUAACUGAUACUGACAGUUUUAUUACAGAACAAGCAAAAAACAUUUUUUCUAACUUAUCACUUACUUCAAACUCAAUCUUGAAUCUUUUCUUAUAGAACUUGGUUGAAUCUUUCUUUGAUGAUUCAUUGAAUGAAACUAAAAACCCUGUGCCAAG